UAUCGUGAUAGCCAUCCAACAUCAUCCGACCCGUUCCUAUCACCAUCCGGUCGCUUCUCCCUUGCCAGUGCUGCUAACCGAGUCGCCCACUCGCCCCCCCCAAACACCGCGGCGUUCACGCCGUCUACCGCCGCAACGAUGAGCGGCGAGUCUCCCCUGGCAGUCGUCGCUGCCGUCAUCCGAUCUCUCGCGACCGACCCGACGACGACUCCUCCGGCCGUUACCAAUGCUUGCCCGAGCGUGAGACUGCCGGGUCCGGACACCGUCGAGAAGAUCGAGCUCGAGCGCGAGCUCGCAGCCCUCGUCACCAGGGUACAACAGCUCGAGGCGAGGGCGAACUCGGCUGCCGCCAACGUCUUCCCCGACACGCCCAAUGAGACGUCCGACUCCCCCUUCGCAGACGACAGGGGCCGCCCAAGGCCGAGGUUUCCGAGCCACCUCUCGCGAAAUGGCUUCAUCGACGAGGCGCUCGAGGGGCUGCGGGAGCACGUCGACGACCAGUCGAAGCUUCUCGACAGCCAACGCCAGGAACUGGACGGCGUCAAUGCCCAGUUGCUCGAGCAGAAGCAGUUGCAGGAGAAGGCCCUGGCCAUCAUCGAGCAGGAGCGCGUCGCGACCCUCGAACGCGAGCUCUGGAAGCACCAGAAGGCGAACGAGGCCUUCCAGAAGGCGCUGCGCGAGAUUGGCGAGAUCGUCACGGCCGUCGCCCGCGGUGACCUCUCCAAGAAGGUCCGCAUGAACAGCGUCGAGAUGGACCCCGAAAUCACGACGUUCAAGCGCACCAUCAACACCAUGAUGGACCAACUGCAGGUCUUCUCUAGCGAAGUGUCUCGCGUCGCCCGCGAAGUCGGCACCGAAGGGAUCCUCGGCGGCCAAGCCCAGAUCGAAGGAGUCGACGGUACAUGGAAGGAACUGACGGAUAAUGUGAACGUCAUGGCGCAAAACCUCACCGAUCAAGUGCGAGAAAUCGCAUCUGUGACAACGGCUGUCGCUCACGGCGACCUGACAAAGAAGAUCGAACGCCCCGCCAAGGGCGAGAUCCUCCAACUUCAGCAGACCAUCAACACCAUGGUGGACCAGCUGCGAACGUUUGCCUCCGAAGUCACGCGCGUCGCCAGAGACGUCGGGACCGAGGGGAUCCUUGGCGGUCAAGCCGACGUCGAGGGGGUGCAGGGCAUGUGGAACGAGCUGACGGUCAACGUGAACGCCAUGGCCAACAACCUUACCACCCAAGUGCGAGACAUCAUCAAGGUCACAACGGCCGUCGCCAAGGGCGACCUCACCCAGAAAGUCCAGGCCGAGUGCAGAGGCGAGAUCUUCGAGCUCAAGAAGACCAUCAACUCCAUGGUGGACCAGCUUCAGCAGUUCGCGCGCGAAGUCACCAAGAUCGCCAGAGAGGUCGGGACCGAGGGAAGGCUGGGUGGCCAGGCGACCGUCCACGACGUCCAGGGUACAUGGCGAGACCUCACAGAGAAUGUCAACGGCAUGGCCAUGAAUCUGACCACGCAAGUGCGUGAGAUCGCAAAGGUCACGACGGCUGUCGCCAAAGGCGAUCUCACCAAGAAGAUUGGGGUCGAGGUUCAGGGCGAGAUUUUGGACCUGAAGAACACCAUCAACACCAUGGUCGACCGCCUCGGCACGUUCGCGUUCGAGGUCAGCAAGGUCGCCAGGGAGGUCGGCACCGACGGCACCCUCGGCGGCCAGGCCCAAGUCGACAACGUCGAGGGCAAGUGGAAGGAUCUCACCGAGAACGUCAACACCAUGGCCAGAAACCUCACGUCACAGGUGCGAGGGAUCUCGACCGUCACCCAGGCCAUCGCCAACGGCGACAUGAGCCGCAAGAUCGACGUUGAGGCCAAGGGCGAGAUACUCGUACUAAAGGAGACCAUCAACAACAUGGUUGACCGACUGUCCAUCUUCUGUAACGAGGUGCAGAGAGUGGCCAAGGACGUCGGCGUCGACGGUAUCAUGGGCGGCCAGGCAGACGUGGCCGGGCUGAAGGGUAGAUGGAAGGAGAUCACCACUGAUGUCAACACCAUGGCCAACAACCUGACGGCACAAGUGCGGGCAUUUGGCGACAUCACAAACGCCGCGACAGACGGCGAUUUCACCAAGCUGGUGGAGGUCGAGGCCUCUGGCGAGAUGGACGAGCUGAAGAAGAAGAUCAACCAGAUGGUUUACAACCUCAGGGACAGUAUCCAGAGGAACACCCAGGCAAGAGAGGCCGCCGAGCUGGCCAACAAGACCAAGUCGGAGUUCCUCGCCAACAUGUCUCACGAGAUCCGCACGCCCAUGAACGGCAUCAUCGGCAUGACGCAGCUCACGCUCGAUACGGACUUGACACAGUACCAGAGAGAGAUGCUCAACAUUGUAAACUCGCUGGCCAACAGCUUGCUGACCAUCAUUGACGACAUUCUGGAUCUGUCCAAGAUUGAGGCGAGGAGGAUGGUCAUCGAGGAGAUCCCAUACACCCUUCGCGGGACCGUCUUCAACGCCCUCAAGACCCUGGCCGUCAAGGCCAACGAGAAGUUCCUGGACCUCACCUACCGGGUCGACAGCUCCGUGCCGGACCACGUCGUCGGCGACUCGUUCAGGUUGCGUCAGAUCAUCCUGAACCUGGUCGGCAACGCUAUCAAGUUCACCGAGCAUGGCGAGGUCAGUCUCACCAUCCAAAAGGCGACGACGGUGCCUCCUGGCAAUCCGGGAGAGUAUGCCAUCGAGUUCACCGUGGCCGACACCGGUAUCGGGAUCCCGGCCGACAAGCUCGACUUGAUCUUUGAUACCUUCCAGCAGGCCGAUGGCUCCAUGACGCGCAAGUUUGGCGGCACCGGUCUGGGUUUGUCCAUCUCCAAGAGACUGGUCAACUUGAUGGGUGGCGAUGUCUGGGUCAAGAGCGAGUACGGGAAAGGCAGCAAGUUCUUCUUCACCUGCGUCGUCCGUCUCGCCAACGAGGAGAUCUCGUUCAUCGCGAAGCAGCUCAACCCUUACAAGGGCCACCAGGUCCUCUUCCUCGACAAGGGCCGGACCGGGCACGGGCCCCAGAUUGCCGAGAUGCUCAAGGGCUUGGGCCUGGUCCCCGUCGUUGUCGAUUCCGAGAAGAGCCCGGCCCUGGACAGGGUGCGCGGCCGAGGAUCGGCUCCCUACGACGUCAUCAUCGUCGACUCCAUCGAGGACGCGCGGAGAUUGCGCUCGGUCGACGACUUCAAAUACCUACCAAUCGUGCUCCUGGCGCCUGUGGUCCACGUAUCGCUCAAGUCGUGCCUCGACCUCGGCAUCACUUCGUACAUGACAACGCCGUGUAAGCUGAUCGACCUUGGCAAUGGAAUGGUGCCUGCUCUCGAAAACAGGGCGACGCCAUCACUGGCGGAUAAUACCCGCUCGUUUGAGAUUCUGUUGGCCGAAGACAAUACGGUAAACCAGCGGCUCGCCGUCAAGAUUCUCGAAAAGUACCACCACGUCGUGACCGUGGUAGGGAACGGUGAGGAGGCGGUCGAGGCGGUUAAGCGCAAGAAGUUCGACGUAAUCCUGAUGGACGUCCAGAUGCCGAUCAUGGGCGGUUUCGAAGCCACGGGCAAGAUCCGCGAGUACGAGCGCAGCCUCGGCACCCAACGCACUCCCAUCAUUGCCCUGACGGCGCACGCCAUGAUGGGCGACAGGGAAAAGUGCAUUCAAGCGCAGAUGGACGAGUACUUGUCCAAGCCACUGCAGCAAAACCACCUUAUCCAGACCAUCCUCAAAUGUGCGACCCUCGGCGGGCAGCUGCUGGAGAAGAACCGCGAGCGGGAACUCGCCCGCGCCGCCGAUGCCGUCACGGGCGGCCGCCGCGACAACCCCGCGCUCGCGGCUGCCUACCAGUCGGCGGCCGCCGCGAACAACAACGCCAGCAACAACGCCAGCAACAACAACUCCAGCAGCAGAACCAGCAGCAGCAGCAGCAGCAGCAGCAGCGACAAUAGCAGUAAUUCCACCCGACCUCCGCUCUCGACUCGCUCCGUCACGGCCGCCGAAUCCCUUACCAGCGCGAUCGAUAGCCCGUCGCUGGUCACGGCGGACCAGGACGACCCGAUGGAUCGGACGCACAGCAGCCUCUCUGAACCAGACAUUUCUACAGCGCAAUGAUUCUCUCUUGCAGGUACUUUUUGCCUACAUUAGCGCGAAUUGUUGCUCUUGUUUACAACUUUUUUUGGUUUAUUAUGCCGCUGUUGUCCAGCCCUCCCCCCCCC